AGGAAUUUAAUGCUCGCUACCAAAAACUUCAAGCGUGGAAAUUGUUGGAUGACUACCAAAAAGAAAGUUGGUGGGGCGAUUUAUCAGAGUUAGAAAAUCCGGACAAUCAGGCAAAAAAAGCGGAAAUCAAAACCCAGUUGGAAAAAUUUGAGAAAAAGCAAAUAAACUGGGUCCAAGAAAAAGCCGAAAUAGCAGCCGAGCAAAUGGCGGCUUUCCAAGCGGCGAUCGGUCUGAGAAAAGAAUUAUCCGUCUUGCUAACCGAAGCCGAAGCGGAAAAUGAUUAUGAGAAACUAACCGAAAGUGAAAACGAGGUGGAGAAAUUGGAAGAUUAUCGGCAGAAAAUUAAGGAAUUUAAGGAUGAGUUUUUUGGACCAGACGAAACCAUACUUUCCGCAGUUUGGAAAAAAAAGAAUGAAGGAUAUGUGCCGGCUUUGCCUUUUUUAGAAAGAAAAGCCCAGCAGGAUGUUUGGACGGAUGAGGAAUUGACCGCUUUGGAGAAAGAAAUUACGGAAUUUCCACCUUAUAUUGAAAAGCAACCUGAACCAAAAUAUUAUCGUGGUUUCCAACUCAAUUAUCAGAACCAAGAAGUCAUUAAUCAACGAUUAAAAAGAGCCAAAGAAGGUGCCAAGAAAAAUGUGGCUGAUUACAAAGCGGCAAUUGAAAAAAUAAACGCUAUUUUAGACAAAAAUGUUGAAUCAGUUUAUAGAAUUACGGCUUUUUUGAUAGAAGAAAAUUUAACACCACUUCAACAAAAAGUUAAACAAGUAAAAGGUGCCGCCAUUACUGAACGCUUACUGGCCUUAGAAAAAAAGAAAUAUUUGGCUGAAAAUGAGAAGGAAUUGAAUGAGUAUGAAAAAGAACAAGUUAAAAGCACGCAACAAUUAGACAAUUUAAAAAAUGUUAAAAGUGUUAUUAAAGA